AUGAAGAUUCAGUACAUCGUUACUGCUACCGCGCUCGCUGCAGUCACGUCAGCUAAACCGCAUCACUUGCACCAACGGGCCUAUUCUCAAAACGCGGUCAAACGCGACAUUGUCUAUGCCCCGGCCGCGACCGAGACGCAGAUCGUGUACUGGCUCGAUGACCAUGCCAUUUCUGAAGAUGAGGUUCGUGAAGGUAUCGCCAAUGGCACUUUGAUGUGGGGGCCGGGCAACAUCUUGUCAUCAACAACCGAUCCACAUGUCGCACUGCCUACUUCGCCGCCAACCCCUGACUGCGAAGGGCAGGCUACGGAGAUCGGUCCUGGUACGGCAAUCGAAGAAGUUGUAGAAGUCGAGCCAGACGAAGAUCACCCCGAAGAGCCUGUUGACGACCAUCCCGAAGAGCCCAUCAACAAUCCCCAGGCUAAGCCGGAAGAGCCUGCAACUGAGGCACCACCAGACGGUGUCACUCCUCCAGAUACUCCAGUCUUACAGCAGCCAGAUACUCCAUCGAACCCUUGGAUUGACUUGGUCGACAAAGAUGGGCAUUGUGCUGAAUGCGAUAAGGUAUUCCCGAACGGUGAGAUCGCUUGCACCGAGUUUCCCCACGGGUAUGGCGCAUUACCCAUCGACCAUGAAGGCUUAGGUGGAUGGUCCGGCAUACAGGACCCACAAUAUGUAGGAUCUGGUGGUUUCGAUGACAUUAUGACCGUUGUCAAGGGCUCGUGUUCGGACGGUACUUGCUGCAAACCAGGGAGGUACUGUUCGUAUGGAUGCCCAAACCCAUACCUCAAGGCUUCCUUCCCAUCCACUCAAGGAAGACACGGCCAGACUGUGGGUGGCCUGUACUGCAACAAAGAUGGCUACCUGGAAAUGGCUGAUGGUAAGAUUGCCGAUACGUUAUGCGUCCCAGGCUCCAAGAAGAUGGGUGUAAAGGUGCAGAACAACCUAUCGCAGACUGUAUCAUUCUGUCGCACUGACUAUCCAGGUACUGAAUCCAUGACCUUUCCCGUUACUGUUGGACCAGGUCAGACCGGUUUUCUUGCCAACCCCGACCAGCAGACGUACUUCUUCUGGCAGGGCAAGAGGACCUCGGCCCAGUACUACGUUAACAAGCAAGGCGUACCUGAGGACGAAGCCUGCACUUGGGGUACGGAGAUGGGAGGUAAAGGCAACUGGGCGCCAGCAGUCUUCGGCACUUCAUUUGACGACGGUCCUGUUCAGCAGGGUUUCUCUAGCUUGAAGCAAAAUGAGCUGUGCAAGCAGGAACGGCUCGGGUACGAUAUCACGUUCGUCGGAGAUGGCGUCGUCUCGGCAUGCAGGUACAAGAGCGCCACCAACCAAUGGUGUGAGGGUGACCAGUGUUGGGAGGAUCCAGAUCGUGGCUGCACUGCUGCUAUCAGGCACGGAGACCUUACUGUGGUACUUUCGGAAGGAUAG